UCACACAUAGCAUCGAUACAAAAGAUGCAACCCCAAUAAAACAAAGAUUUUAUAGGACUUCACACAAUAACCAGGAGUUCAUCAAGGAGGAAAUUCAAAAACUUUUAAAGUCAGGACUUAUAAAACCAUCCAAAAGUCAAUGGACCUCACCUGUGGUUGUAGUCGAAAAAAAGAACGGUAAAAAACGUUUAUGCGUAGAUUAUCGAAAGCUAAACAGUGUCACAAAAAAGGAUAAUUAUCCUUUGCCUCGAAUUGACGAUAUGUUAGAGACACUUGAAGGAUCCCAAUGGUUUACUUCAUUAGAUCUUGCCAGUGGCUUUUGGCAAGUUGAAUUGGAACCCAAAGAUAGAGAAAAGACCACUUUUAUAACCCGUUUUGGGACAUACGAGUUCAAUGUCAUGCCUUUUGGACUUUGCAACGCUCCUGCUACGUUUCAAAGGCUAAUGGAUACCGUUCUACGUGAUAUUUUAUGGCAAUACGUAGUUGUUUAUGUUGAUGAUAUCAACAUUGGUUCAAGAUCUUUUGAGGAACACUUAUCACAUCUGGAACAA